AUGACGAACAAGAAAUCGGGGAAGACAUACAGACAAGGGGAACGUCGCUCAGCUCGAAACACGGCCAAAACUUCAAGCGAACCAGGUAAAUCUCAACUUCCUGAGAUUGUCGAGGAAUCUGAGCAAGUGGAUACAGGUGAGACACAUAUGAGCAAGGUGAAUGAGAAAGGGAAUCCUGGAGAAGAAGAGAAAUCAGAUUCUGAUGUGGCUCCACUUCAGAGAACAAAGAAAAAUUCAAAAUCUGGAAAAGAUUCAGGAGUUUCGUCACAAUCAACACAACAUGUCGUGUCCGAUUUACCUAAAGACAACGACAGUCAAGACCUCGCUGAGAAGAACUUGGGUGAAGACGAAGUGCAAACAAAGACAGCCCCGAGAAAGGACUUAACUGAAGAACCAACGCAAAUCACAUCUGAAAUGGUGAAUUCAAAAGACUGUGAGAAUCCAAAGGAGUUACGGUCGACGAAAUUGUCUGUGAAGAUGUCCAGGAGAGAGAAGGUGGGAGUGAACGAACGAUUACUGAAGCACUGGAAGAAAUACCCAGGGUAUCGGAGAAGGAAGAUGAAACUGAAAUGCAAUCGCAAAGCUAAGGCAAGAAAUGUCACUCGGAAGCGCAAAGGCAAUUCAGCACAUGGAAGAAGCGCUCAGAAAAGGAAGACAGCUCGGAAAGGAAAAGGAACGGGUGAUGAAGGUCCUUCAGAACCAUCUGUCACACCCAGUGAAACAGGUGUGAAACCUCUUUCUGAUAGAUUCUUAUCUGUAGAAACUAAGAAGAGGUUUGACAAGUUUAAAGGAGUAGAUGUAAUUGCUGAACGCAAUGUCAAUGUGAUGGAUUUUCGGAAAAAUCGCAUUUGGACUCUGUUUGAAGAAAGGCAACUGCCGGGGACGAUGACCUAUGCAUGUGCACUUAGUAAAAUGCUUGUCAGAGAGUUUUAUGCGAAUCUCACUCAACGUACUGACAUCCUUGGAGACUUCUUGCAUCACAAUGCCUAUGUGAGAGGUAGAUUUAUUGAGUUUUCUCCAACAGUUAUCAAUCGGUUGCUGGGAACACCUGAUAAUGCCUUACAAGGAUUGGAAGAUUUACCUGAAGGAACUUCACUUGAAGAUUUGGAGGUAGCACUCACUGGAGAGUAUCUGGCAGAAAGGAAUGGGAAGAUUCUCAUAACAUGUCUCAAGUUUGAAAGUCGAGUUAUGCAACUGAUUGGAAAGACCAAUUGGUUACCGACUCGAAGAUCUGAUGUGAUUCAAGAUGAGUUAGCACUACUGAUAUUCAAGCUGUUGAGGAAAGAAGAUGUAAAUCUUGGUCGCAUCAUAUACAAUCACAUACUAUCUCGAGCUGCUGACAUGAGAAUGCGUUAUUUGCUGCCUCACCCUUGCCUCAUCCAGAGCAUCAUUGUCCGACAAAGUCCAGAGAUUCUUGCUGAUUCGGAGAUCACUGAAAUAAUUCAGCGUCCAUUGGUCAUUGAAUCCAAAGUACAACAGGCUAGGAUGAGUCGGACACAACUCUGUAGCAAGGCGUUUACUAUCCUCAUGAAACAUGACAAGCAGUUACUUCAAGUGGAACAACUACAGAGGAAGAACACUAAAAUCAUAGCCCAAAUUCGUGCUCGGGGAGAAAGUGAAGGUGGAGCACCCUCAACAAGUGCAAAAGACAAAGGCAAAGGAAUAAUGGGUGAGGAUGACAUGUCAGAUGAAGCUGAAAAGGAGGAGGAAGGAGAAUCAGAAGGAACAGAGUGA